GUCCGGUAGCUUCCAUCGAACUUUGUAUCCCGGAAUUUACGUUUAAAGGACAUUUUUAUGCCUUUAGAUCGCAUUCUCAAUAUAUAUACUACCGAAUAAGAUCAGAAAAAUUCAAAUCAAUAACCUUAUUUAAAAAAAGUGACUUUAAAACGCCAUCAUCAAAAACGAGCGUUUGUGUCAUCACUAACUGCUCCGAAGAAUUGAAUUCAACGUUUUUAUUAUUUGUGGUUUUUUCUUUGUUGCUGUUCGUUAAACGUUUGAAUUUGCCUUUGCCAUGGAGCCGAUGACCCUGGGUAGCCCGGUGAACAGCCCCGGAUCCAAUCAGAACCAGUACCUGCCGCCCUUCCUCAUGGGCGAUCCACAAAACAUGACGCCUCACAAGAACACGCUCUCCCCAAAGCCGGGACGCUACAACGUGAGUUUCGCCACAUCCCCUGGCGGCAGCAACUCCCAAGACUUCAACCGCUCCACUUACAACAACCGCACUCUGUUCGGGUCUGGCGGAGGAGGUCCAAAUGCUUCCGCUGCGGCUGUCAGUGCCAACACCUCCAUGGCUGCCGCUGCCCAUGCCCAUGCACACACUCUCAGCCAUCAGGCGGGACCGCCGACACAGGGUCUGUUCGAUUCCCUGCGCGAGAACACCGCUUCCACGCCGCAGCGCAAUCACUUGAGCCUGCUGAACCUGCAGUCACCCAACCAGAGCAUGGGACCAAAUCAGAGCUACCAGAGUUAUCAGACCAACGACUCGUUCGCGCCCGCAGCUCCCGUGAACGCAUCUAUGCGUGCCCUGUACUCGCCGCUGGGAGCCACUGCCUCUCCCGGACCGGGAUUGGUGGCAACUCCCGGACCCACAGGAGCUGACCUAGCAGCUGCCUUUUGGGUAACCAUCUUUGGCUUUGCUCCGGGCGCCAACUCCAUGGUCCUGCAGCACUUCACACUAUGCGGCACCAUUGUGGAUGUUGUGCAUGCCCCCCAGAACGGCAACUGGAUGCAUGUGCGCUUCUCCUCGCGCAUCGAGAGCGACAAGGCGCUCAACUACAACCACAAGGUGAUAGCCGGCAACGUUAUGGUGGGCGUAACACGCUGUACAGAUCGCUCGGUGAUCGACAAGGAGAACAGCAGUUCGGUCGCCAAUUCGGAAUCCAUUUCUGGUCCACCCAGCACACCAAAAAUUCGUCCGUUUGCCCAGCAGGGCUACAAGCUGGCCCAAAAUGAGAGCACCGUAUCGCCACCAAGAGAUGUGCCCCAGAGGAGUUCGGGGCUGGUGAACAAGGCCAUGGACCUCAUUUUCGGCUGGUGAUUGGAAUGAAACUCGGGCUGUUUCCGGCUACUUAUUUAAUAAUCACUGCGUACAUCCUAUCCAGCAUUCAUACAUUAUUCUUAUUAAAAAAUGAUUCAAUAGCAAAA